AAGGUGGGUUUCCCAUUAUACAACGAAACUCACCAACAACCAUACGAAUUAAAGUAUCAUUUUUUUCCCUAUUUGCUAAUUGUUUCCCAUAUCAUGGUCGCAUGGUACUUUUGUUUCUUAAGUCUAGGGAAUCAUCUAGAUCAGAGCUCUUGCAUUAGAAUCACCAUUUUCUGUACAAAAUAUUACUCCCAUUACCAUUACUGACCAUAGCUUUUCUUGUUUCCAGUCAAUAAAUGUUUAACAAAGUUCAUGCAGGAAUGGAAAUGGCUACGGACAGAAAUGGGGAAUCCACUAAAACCAUGGAGGAUUGGGGGAAACGUAUAGAAAUAUUUGCCCAGAAAAUGAAAAGAUUCCCUGGUUUGGUGUGGCCAACGAUGUGGAAAGUGGGAAGAGAAGACCCGAGAAGGGUGAUCCACUCUUUGAAAGUUGGUCUAUCUUUGACGCUGGUUUCCUUAUUAUAUCUCAUGGAACCCCUGUUCAAAGGGAUAGGACAGGGUGCCAUUUGGGCAGUCAUGACUGUGGUUGUUGUGCUAGAGUUUACAGCAGGGGCAACUUUGUGCAAGGGGCUGAAUAGAGGGUUUGGGACGCUAUUGGCUGGAUCAUUGGCCUUCUUCAUCGAGUACAUUUCAAAUGAAUCUGGCCGGGUCUUUCGAGCUAUUUUCAUUGGUGCUGCAGUUUUUCUAGUUGGAGCUGCGGCUACAUACAUGAGGUUCUUUCCCUAUAUAAAGAAGAACUAUGACUAUGGAAUUGUGAUAUUUCUCUUGACUUUUAAUCUUAUAACUGUAUCGAGCUACCGUGUUGAGAAUGUCUUGAAGAUUGCACAUGAGCGUUUCUACAGCAUUGCCAUUGGCUGCGGUGUCUGUCUAUUCAUGAGUUUGUUGAUAUUUCCAAAUUGGUCAGGGGAAGACCUCCAUCAUUCCACUGUGUUCAAGCUUGAAGGUCUAGGAAAAUCUAUUGCAGGUUGUGUCAAUGAGUACUUUAGUGAUAGUAAUACAGAAGUAACUGAAAUUAAAUCUUCAGAGGAUCCCAUCUACGAAGGUUAUAAGGCUGUCUUGGACUCGAAAUCCAUUGAUGAAAUGUUGGCAUUACAUGCAAGUUGGGAGCCAAGGCACUCAAGAUACUGCCAUAGGUUUCCAUGGCAGCAGUAUGUGAAACUGGGAGCUGUUCUUCGCCAUUUUGGCUACACGGUUGUAGCCCUGCAUGGAUGUUUGCAGACAGAAAUCCAGACCCCACGAUCAGUGAGAGCCCUCUUCAAAGAUCCUUGCAUUCGACUUGCAGGGGAAGUAUCAAAAGUACUAAUGGAACUUGCAGAUAGCAUAAGAAAACGAUGCCACUGCUCUCCGGAGAUACUCUCUGAUCAUCUCCAUGAAGCCUUACAAGACCUUAACACAGCUAUAAAUUCCCAACCAAGGCUCUUCCUUGGCUCCAACAACAACCAAGCCAGCAACAUGCUCGCCUUAGCUGCUGCACAUGCUAGCCAAAAGCAACAGAAAGGCUCUGGAGUCUCAUUAUCAAGUGUGAAAACAGACUCUUCUGCAUUGUCGGAAUGGAAAACCAGAAGGGCUUCCGAGCAGUCAAAGGAGGCCGACCGGAAGUGCUUAAGGCCACAGUUGAGUAAGAUUGCCAUCACUAGCCUUGAGUUCUCGGAGGCACUUCCUUUUGCUGCUUUUGCAUCUUUGCUUGUAGAGAUGGUUGCAAAACUCGACCAAAUUAUCGAGGAAGUCGAAGAAUUGGGGAGGACAGCAUCCUUCAAGGAAUACCAUCAUAGUGAUCAGAUUGUUGUGACUUGUGAGACUCCGCAUAUCAAUGUUACUCGGAACAACUUGCCAUCCCAUGGCCCAGAUUAGUAGCAAAAAGCUAGUUGUUGCCCAGAUUUGUAAGCAAGAUAUUGAUUCAAAAUGAUUAGAACCAAAA